AUGGCGCCGAAGCCCGGCAAAGAGACUCUUAUUGAGCUCUGCACAAGAGCGACAGAACUUGGCAAUGGCAUCAGCGUGCGCAUGCUGGAAUACCUGAGCUCGACAAAGCAGUAUCCUCCCGGCUUCAAAGAGCUGGCAGUGGACUUCUUGGAAAUCUGUCGAAUACUAUGGCCGAUCGAAGCAGGCCUCACAGAAGCAGCGCGCAUGCGGAACAACUUUGGGACAGACAUGACUCAAGAGAUGGAACGGAAGUUCCGUGCUACAAUCGACGACUUCAUUGUGCUGAAUCAGCUACUGCUGCAAUUCCUCGGCGACGACCAGAAGAAAGGGCUUGGCAGGCUGCGGCGUGGAUGGCACCUAAUGUUCGCUGAAGGCGAAAUCAACAAGAUGCGAGAAUCUCUUGCCAAGAAUAGGGAUGCUUUGAGGAUGAGCGCACUUGUCUUUCGGUGGUCGCUGGGCGAGGGCAAAGCCAACGGCCACACUCACAUCGGCUACACCGGGCUGGAAGCUGCCCUGGAAAGCAUGAAGCGUGGCAGUAAUCAGUCCGUUGUGCGACCAGCGCCUACAACCACGGCAUCAGCACCACCACAUCCACCACCAAAUUAUGCUCUGCCACUGCCGCCGACACCAGGCACUACAUCAUCCCUGUCCUUCAAUCCACGAUCGGACUCCUAUCAGCUGCCUCACAUCCCGAGCACGUCCUCUGACAGGACCGGGAGCGAUCUGUUAUCGAUGCCUCUGACUCCGCCUGGUAGUGAACCCCAUCAUGGUGGAACUUAUAUUGCUGGUGGAGACGAGAGCAUGGACACGCUAGCAGAUCAGUUCGAUCAGCAGACGCUGAAGUUCGUCCCCAGUGUGCGAUCGAGCACUGCACAGCACACUAUCGGCCGGUCCACAAUGCGUCAAAGCGACGUCAUGUCGGACACUAUGUCCCAGACCACUGUCGAUCUCGACGAGAUGCUAUCGCAGCUCGAUGAAGACAAGUCAUCGUUCGUGCUGGUACGGCUCAAAGCAGAUCCGAGCAGCGCACCUCGAUACAAGCCAAAGACGAACUCUGGAGCGAAUUCGCCCGGACUGAAGCACACCCUGAACAGCGCAGUACAGCAAAAGAAACACGACGUAGUCGAGCAACUCCUCGAUUGCGGGGUCAAACCAGAUGUCGGCCAAGAAUAUAACGUCCUACGCGAAGCAAUCCUCAACCGCGACGCCGCAUGUAUGCGCCUUCUCCUUGCGUAUGGAGCCGACCCGAACGGCGUCGACCGGAAUGGCUACACGCCUCUCCACGCCGCAACAGAGCUCUGCUUCCUCGAAGCCGCCAACACUCUCCUCAAGUACGGCGCUCAGCCCAACCUCUGCGGCGGCGCCGAAGAGUCACCCACCGCCAUGGCCGUCAUCGGCAACCGCGCCGAGUCUCUCCAGCUCUUCCUCAAAUACGGCGCCGACGUCAACGAGAUCAUGGACAACGGCAACACCGUCUUCGUGAAGUCCAUGACGAAACAACAACCCACCAAGAUCGUCGAGCUGAUGAUCCGCUACGGCGCGGACCCGAACGGCAAGAACGGCGAGGGCACCACCGCCCUCUUCCAGGCAAUCCAACACAACCGCGUCGACCUAAUGACCGUCCUCCUCGACAACGGCGCCGACCCGAACCUCCCAGGCCCCAAACAUCUCCUGUGGCCCUCAACCUACAAACCCCGAUGCCUCAGCCUCCUCCUCUCCCGCGGCGCCGACCACAAGAAAUGCUCCGGCAUAAUGGAGCUCGCCACAUCCAUCAACAACAUCGAGUCCAUCUCCAUUCUCCUCAAAGCCGGCGUCGACCCCAACGCGAAAAAAGACGGCACCUACACCCCUCUCUGCUCCGCGAUCCGCGACAACCGCCCGCAAAUCGUCUCCCUCCUCCUCGCCUCCGGCGCCGACGCCAACGUCCCCGCAUCCGAAUACCCAGCCUUCAAGUGCGUAACGCACAACCGCUGCCAUUUCCUCCCCGAACUCAUCGAGGCGGGCGCCGACCUGCACCACCCCAAAGGCAUUUUGGAAAAAGCAGUAAAGCACAACAACAAAGAAGCCCUCCUCUUCCUCCUCGAGCACGACGUUAGCCCGAACGCGCGCUCCGCCGAAGGCUACACGCCCCUCACCACCGCAAUCCGCGAGAACCGGUCCGAAAUGCUGGAUAUCCUCCUCGAGCGCGGCGCCGACCCCAGCUUGCGCGGCCAGGAAUGGCCGAUCUGCAUGGCGGUUAAACGGCCUGACUUGCUCGCCAAACUGCUCGGCCACCUCAAGAACCCAAGUGGGGCGGUGAAGGGGGUGCUUGAGAUGGCGGUCGUGGCGGACCAGUUGGAAUCCAUCAAAUUGCUGCUUGCGGCGGGGGUGAGCGUGGAGGAUAAGAAUGGUGGGGUGUUUAGCCCGCUGACCACGUCGAUCCGCGAGGAUCGGAAGGAGAUCUUUCGGUACUUGAUUGAUGAGGGUGGAGCGGAUGUGAAUGCGCCCGGUGAGCACUUGCCGAUCAUCAAAGCGAUCCGACGGCACCGCGGGAACGAUUUGAGCUAUAUCGAGGCGUUGUUAGAAAAAGGCGCGGAUAUCAACAAGAUGAUGUUGGUUGAGAAGGGUGGGGGUGUGGAUCUUGAGGUGGAGGAUGAGACUGGACGUACUGUUCUUGAGAUAGUCGAGGGCAGAGGAUGGGAUGAGGCUGUGGAGAUUUUGCUGGGCGAGAAGAGUGAGGACGAGUUGGUCGACAAGAAGAUUAGGAGGGGCGGGUGGCCGAGUCCACCGACAAGUAAGACUGGGUCGAGAGAGCGGCAUGCGAAGCGUGGAAGUAGUGGAACGGCUAAUGGAAGUGUGAGGAGAGCUGGGGAGAGGAAGCAGUAA